GUGAAAUGUGUAUCAAGAUGAUGUCAAACUAAGACUGCAUCACUGAACCAACAUAAACUGAAAGACUGGAACAGGAUUGUUAAGUAUUGUAUCUUUCAGGAUGAUGUGUACUGGUUGUGUUGUUGCAAACCAAAUUGCAUCUCAGGGACAAUAAAGAUCCUCUAAUCUAAUCUAAACUCUGUCACUGGUUGAUGAGGCGUCCUCUUUUUGGGGCCUCUGAAUUUUGCUAACCUCAACAUGACUCAGUAUCUGAACUUUACAGUUAUCUAUGUUGGCCUCACAGUCGAGUUUGUCAACCCAGCAGAUGUACAAACUUGUUUAAACAGUCAGAUUCUGUGUGUCUAGAUAAUACAUAAGGGUGAGCAAAGGUUUAAAGAUGCUGUUAUUUGCAUAUCAGGAGGAGUUUUGGGAAUCACAACAUAAAAACCCUCCAGUUCAGACCGUCUGCAGGAGGACCUCUGCAGCUGCACGGUUUGUAUACAACUUUAACUGUACUUAUAUAUCUUUAUAUAACCAAUUCUGUGCAUAUAAACUACUGAAAUUGGAAAUAACAUCAUGAAUAAAUGUUCUGCAGGUUUGCUGAGACAAAAUGAGACUCCCUGCGAUACUUUUUCUCAUUGCCAUCUCCACAGUGUUGGCUGGGAGCGUUCCCAUCCAGACCCUGGUCUUCCCCUCUGAGACCAGUACCAGUUAUGUGGAGAUGGUCCCUCUGAAACCCCUCAACCUGAAGGCUUUCACUCUGUGCAUGCGAGUGGCCACAGAGCUCAGCGGAGAGCGCGAGAUCAUCCUCUUUGCGUACCGGACUCAGUACUAUGAUGAGCUGAACGUGUGGCGUGAGCUGGACGGCAGAUAUUCCUUUGCCCUGAGUGGAGGCACUGUUAUAUUCAGUGUCCCUGACCUCGGCGCUCUGCAGACCCACUUCUGUAUCACCUGGGAUUCAAGUUCAGGUGCGUCCGCCCUCUUCAUGGACGGGAGGAAAAGCCUGACCAAACUUUACAAGAAGGGUCACACCAUCCCCCCCGGGGGAAAGGUCAUCAUCGGGCAAGAUCCGGACAGUUACUUGGGUGAAUUUGAUGCCAAGCAGAGCUUUGUUGGGGAGAUCAAUGAUGUGAAUAUGUGGGACUCUGUCCUCUCUGACAGCACGAUUAAAGACAUGUUCUCCGGGAAGAGAGUACCAAGAGGGAACAUCUUUGACUGGGAAACCAUACAGCUUAGAACCAACGGGGCAGUGGAGGUUCUUAAUACUGAGCUGUAGCUCUGAUUCUCACACUAACAUGCUGGAAUAAUGUACACACAACACUUGUAUGAUAUACAUGAUGAUUUGUUGACCAAAA